AUGGCUGCAGCCCCGGAGUUCAUUAUGGGUGCUCCUCCGGUGACAUUGCCUCACAACACACCAUUGGAGCAAUUCCAGAACAUUGUCAGUCAAACUGCGAGUCAUGUCCAUGAGCCGAUGCAUGAAUUGCGUUGGCCUGAGAGGACGAUUCUGAUGCGAUUGCGAGAGGCGUUUGCCGUUUUCUUCUCGCAUAUUGCCAUGAUUUCAGCAACACUUGAAUUGUACCAGUGGAAGAAUGCAUUGAUCGAGGUGGCACAGACGAUUGACCACUACUGCGACGUGACAUUGAACGAAGGCAUUAUUCACUUGGAUUGCCCUCUGAUUCUGCAGAUUGCUGAUAUCAUCCAGAGUGGAUUGACCAUGUAUUGCCAGCAGAUGUCCCGAUUCACGGGCAAAGUUGCGCCCAUGGAAUUGCAGUUAGGCUGGAUUGUCACGAACAGAUGGGCGCACGUAAUGACACCCGAUGGGUAUUCGUCCCAUUGCGGCUACGCGAAUUGCGCAUUCCUCAACUUGAUUCAUGUGUGCAACAGUUGCAUUGCGAGGAUGCUUGCAAGCGAGAUUGAGCACGAGAUCCCGGUGUUUGCAUUGGACUUGUCAUGCCUGAUAUUGGAUCGAGCGAUGGAGUGCCAUUGGGCAUUGAAGCAGAUUUUCGCGAUGACAUUGUACAGAGCCCGCAGCUACGGGCAGAUUGACGAGCUGGUGGAUUGA